AUGAUUGGCACGCAAUGCUGGGAGCUGAUGCACGCGGCCACCGGCUUGCCCUGGUGGGCCAGCAUCCCAUUGACGACCCUCGCCCUACGAACAGCGCUGCUGCCUCUGACGGUCAAAGCUCGCGCGGCGACGGUCAACUUUGCGCUCAUACCCAAGGCCAGCGCGGCGUCACGCGUGCUGUGGCAGCGCAUGCAGCAGGAGCAGCAGCAGGCCGCAGCUGCCGCCGGCAGCGCCCCAUCUAGCGGCGGCGGCGGUGGCGGUGCCGGGGCCCGCGGCGGCAAGGCAGUUACCCGCAACCAACUGACCAAGCAGUACCUCAUGUACAUGCGCAAGCAGCAUGGCACACCCACGACAUGGUGGUACAGCGUCAACGCCCUGGUGCAGGUGAAUCUGUUCCUGGGCAUGUCUGCGGCCCUGCGCCAAAUGAGCUCGGCGAUGUGGCCCGGCCUUGACAGCGAGGGCCUGGCCUGGUUUGCAGACAUGACCCGGCCGGCAGUGGAGUGGGGCACGUGGGAGACGCCUUUUGGCGUCGCGGGCGCGCUGCUGCCGCUGGCGAUAUUCGGGUGCUAUGUGCGCACGGUGGAGUACACAUCAGUGGCCGACAGCCCCCGCGCCCGCGCGGCGCUGGAGUUCCUGACCCUCCCCCUCUUCCUGGCCGCCCUGGUGGUGCCGCACGCCACCGUGCUGUACUGGCUGACCAACGGCGCCUUUAACCUCGGGCUGCAGGCCGCCCUCGGGCGGCCCAAGGUCGCGGCGGCGCUGGGGCUGCCGAUGGUGGCGGUCCACACGCGGGGCGCGGAGCACGCAACAGCCAAGUCCGAGCUGGAGAGGCGCCAGGUGGAGGGCGCGGCUGACGCGUCGGAGGACGUUGCCUUUGUCAGGUACCUUGCGGCAGACACCCUGUCCCGCGGGCAGUACGCGGCGGCCGCCGCCUGCCUGAAGCGCCUCACGGCGCUCGCGCCCGCCGACGCCGGCGCGUGGCGGCAGCUCGGCGCGGCCGCGGGGCGGCUGGGGCAGUGGGGGACGGCGGCGGAGGCGCACGAGAAGGCUGGGGACCUGCUCUUGUCGCGGGCGGGCGGGAAAGAGGAGAAGAGCAGCAGCAGCGGCGCAGGCGGCGGGGCCGCGGCAGAGGCGGGCGCCGAGUUCGUGGCGGCGGCGGUGGCGCACCUGAAUGCGGCGUCCAUUCCAUCCGCGGGCAGCGCGAGCGGCAGCAGAGGCGACGCGCGGACGGCGGCCGCCAUCAGCAGCGCCAAGCUCGCGCAUGUCGGGCGCGGGCUGGAGCUGCUGCACAAGGCGGUGUCCAAGGCGGGCGUGUCUGACUCAGCCAUCUGGUACUACGUGUGCAUGGGGCGGCUGGCUACCGGGCAGCUGCCGGCCGCGCUCGAGGCGGCGCAGCGCUCGUGGGAGCACUCCCAGCGGCUCCACGCGGCGGGGGACGGCGGCGACAGUGGCGGUGGCGGCGGCGGCGAGGCGACCCUGGCGUCUGAUGCGGCGCGGCUGGCUAAGCCCUUGGCGGCGCUGUGCGAGCGGCUAUCGGCGGAGGGGCUCGGGGCCGGCGAGAACGCGCAGCUGCUGCGCACGGCUGAGCUGGCAGUGCAGGCGGGUCUGGCGGCGGGAGCAGAGGCGCGCGGCGCGCUGCGGGAUGCCCUUGAACGGGCAGCGGAGGAGGAGGAGCGUGCUCGCGGCAGCGAUGGCAGCGGCGGCAAACGCAGCAAAGACGGAGGUGCCUUCAAUGCCGGGAUCUGUGCCUCAGAGGACGUGGUCCUGAUUGAAUCCUCCUCAGAGGACGAGGUGAUUCCUGCUCCUAAGAAGCGGCCACCCCCAGGCCAGGCCGCUGCGCGGCCGACGCAGGGCACGGCCCCAAGAGGCGGCGGAGGCGGCAAGGGCGUCGCGGCGUCCGGCAAGAGGAGCGGCGCGUCGGCGAGGCGCAGGCCCGGCAGCGGAAGCAGCGGCGCCGCAGCAGGCGGCACUAAGCAGCUCAAGCUCAACUUCCAGCCGCAGAGCAGGAGCCUGGCGUCGCUGCUGCUGUCGCCGCCGUCCUCACAGGGCGGCGGCGAUGCGCUGCCAGGGUCGGCGACGGCGUCUCAGCAGCAGCCGCAGCAGCAGCAGCAGCAGCAGCAGCAGCAGCAGCAGUUGCCCCCAUCGCCCUCGGGGCUCGCAGCACCGACGCCAGCCGCCGGCGGGAUGUGGGUGGACAGCCACGCGCCCAAGGUCCCGGAGGAGCUGGCGGUACACGCUAAGAAGGUGCAGGAAGUCAAGGCGUGGCUGGAGGGUUACCAGGCGUACCGCAGCCGCGGCACGCGCGCAUGGGUGCUGCUCGUCACAGGCCCCACCGGCUGCGGCAAGAGCACGACGGUGCGGGUCGUGGCUGAGGCGAUGGGCUUCGAGGUGGUGGAGUGGGCGGCGCCGGUGCCAACCCUCUGGUCAGAUCUUCAGUAUCAGGGCGCGGCCGGCCUGCAGUACCAAUCCAAGCUGGACGACUUUGACGCGUUUGUGGCGCACUCCAAGCUCUCAGUGCUGCCGUUUGCGCGCCCGGCGCCACCACAGCCACUGCAGCAGCUAGCGCCUUCUGCCCAGGCCGGCGCCGCAGGCGGCAGCCAGCCUCCAACACAGCAGCCACGGUCGGAGGACGGCAGCCAGCGGGGCGCCGCCGGCGCCGUCAUCACUCCAGCAGCUGCUGGGAAGCUGCUGCUGCUGGACGACCUGCCUUACGUCGGCGACGCCGAGCGGCGGCAGCGGCUGACGGCGGCGCUGCGCGACUUGUGCGUCACGUGCCGCUGCCCGGUCGUGCUGAUCACGACAGAGACCAGCGGCGGCGGCGGCGGGGCCAGGGGCGGCUACGGCGGGGGCUACGGCGGUGGUUUUGGCGGCGGCGGCGACGGGGGCGCCAUGGGGGCAAUGGGCGGUUACAGCAAGGGGCUUCACAAGGACGUGUUGUCACUGCUGGACUCCCUCGGGGCCGCCACGAUCACGUUCAACCCAGUGACGGCCAACGCGCUCGCCAAGGCGCUGGUGGCCGCGGCCGCCAAGGAGGGGCUGGAGCUCCCGCAGCACGCGGCGGCCGCGAUCGCGCAGGCGGCGGACGGGGACCUACGUAACGCGAUGCAGAGCCUGCAAGUGUACGCGGGCGGCCGCCCCCGCGCCGCGGCGGCGGCGGC